AUGAUGACCAUGACUACGAUGGCUGACGGGCUGGAAGCGCAGGACUCGUCCAAAUCUGCUUUCAUGGAGUUCGGGCAGCAGCAGCCGCCACCGCCGCCGGCGCCUCAACAGCCUCCCCAACCGCCGCCGCCGCCGCCGCCGCCGCCUCCACAGCAGCAGCAGCAGCAGACCUCGCCGGCGGCGGCCAUGGCGGGCGCCCACUACCCGCUCCAUUGCCUGCACUCGGCGGCGCCGGCCUCGCAUUCGCACCCGCACCACCAGCACCCGCACCCGCACCACCACCACCACCACCAUCACCACCACGCCGCGCCUUACCCGGCCGGGCCGGCCGGCGCCAACUCCUAUAGUCACCGUUCGCUUGCCGCGGCUGCCGCCGCGGCCGCCGCCGCCUACCCUUAUGUGAGCCACUCGCAGCACAGCCCUUACCUCCAGUCCUACCACGGCGGCGGCGGCGGGAACGGCGGAGGAAACGGCGGCGGGAACGGCGGCGGCGCGGGCAGCCAGACGCGGCCGGACGACCUGCCCCUCUUCCUUUCCAAUGCACUUUCCGUUUUGAUUGCAGAUCAACAAAAAACCACAGUGAUUGAAAAUGGGGAGAUUCGAUUUAAUGGGAAAGGGAAAAAGAUCCGGAAACCUCGAACCAUUUACUCAAGUCUGCAGCUGCAGGCAUUAAACCACCGCUUCCAGCAGACCCAAUACCUGGCACUUCCAGAGAGAGCAGAGCUGGCGGCUUCAUUAGGACUUACUCAGACACAGGUGAAAAUCUGGUUCCAGAAUAAGCGUUCCAAGUUUAAGAAACUGCUCAAGCAAGGUGGCAACCCUCACGAGACUGACCCCCUGCCCGGCUCUGCUACCCUCUCACCACGGUCUCCAGGUCUCCCUCCAGUCUGGGAUGUUUCAGCCUCUGCCAAAGGAGUCAACAUGCCUCCCAACAGCUACAUGCCUGGCUAUUCUCACUGGUACUCUUCCCCACAUCAAGACACUAUGCAGAGACCACAAAUGAUGUGAACGGUCCAAGAACAACUGCUGGGCUUGGCCAGCUCGUGGGUCUUGGGGUGAAUUGGGAGCGCGUGGCAACGAAGACGGACUCUUCUGCCUUCCCCUCGCCUUUAACCUCAGUAAUUGAUCUUGAGCAGAGAGAAACCAUUUGCGUCGCACCCACGUCAGAUGCUCUCUUUGGGAUAUUUUGUUGGGGAUUCAAAGGCACCAAGCCUCAUUGGGAGUA